AUGUCCAAGCCCUAUCCCAAUCCAGCCGUUGGCAUCUCUCCAGAAGUAGCAUACCUUCGCACCCUCCCCUCGGUCCGUUCACGUUGCACAACCAUCUUCGACCACGUCGCCACCACUGGUGAAGGCGAAUACUUCACCUACAACACUAACGCUGAAGACGCCGUUGCAGACUACUGCAUCAAGAUCAUACAACGUGAUUUCGGUACCAACUAUGCCGCCAUCCCACCUCAUGGAAGAUGGAGACAUUUUGACGUUGGAGGAAUACCUCGGAUUACGACGUUGUUGAGUGAGUGGGCUGGUGUUAAGCCUUCUUCUCACUCCAACUCUGCUGCUUCAGCUGGAGCGGUAACUUCAGCUCCGGUAGUAGACAGAAUCGAAGCAGCCAGAAGACUAGUAGACCUAUUCAUGGUCUCUGUCCUCCUAGACGCUGGAGCAGGCACCGCAUGGAAGUAUGAAGAGAAGAAAACCGGUCUCACUUACUCCCGUUCCGAAGGACUAGCCGUAGCAAGUCUGGAAAUGUUUCUUUCCGGUCGUUUUUCUUCUAAUCCUGAUGCUGAGGGCUCGGAUCGCCACGUAGUCACAGCAGGCGGACUAAAGAAUCUAUCGCCAGACAUGUUGGCUAUCGAUCUGCAAGUUCAUCCACACUCAAACCCGAUGACUGGACUCGAAGGCAGAACAAACCUCCUCAUUCGGCUUGGAGAAGCACUUGAAUUGGACACAAACGGCUUCUUCGUUGGUCCUGAUCCUGAUGCUCCACCUGGCGAGAGACGACCAGGAUUUUUGGUCGACUAUUUAGCAAGACAUCCAGGUGUGGAAAAGAUGAUCCAGGUUGUAGAAGUUCCCAUUCCGGCGUUAUGGGAAGUAUUGAUGUACGGUCUUGCACCCAUCUGGCCCGCAAGUAGGAGCAAGAUAGAUGGUGUCGCAAUGGGCGAUGUUUGGCCUAACUCCAUCCUAGCUAAGCUCAACAAGGUCGAGUUGGGGAAUGAGAAGAGUUUAGUCCCGUUUCAUAAGUUGACUCAGUGGUUGAACUAUUCGUUGUUGGAAGCGAUGGAAAAGACUCUCGGAUGGAGAUUUGUUCGGGGUGAAGACGCAACUGGUUUGCCCGAAUACAGGAAUGGAGGGCUGUUUGUCGAUUUAGGUGUGCUGACACCCAAAGCUUCUUUACUUGAGGCGAGUCAGACAAAAGCGGGAGCAGUGCCCAGCUUGCCUGCUGAACAUGCAGCGAUAGUCGAAUGGCGCGCGCUUACAGUGAUCUUGUUAGAUAGACAAGCGCAGAAGAUUAGACAGAAGUUAGGGUUGAGAGAGGAGCAGUUGGAUCUGAAACAGCUUUUGGAGGCUGCGACUUGGAAGGCAGGUAGGGAAAUCGCGAGCGAGAAGAGGGGGAAGACUGGGGGCGGGCCUCCGAUCAAUGUUCUUUCCGACGGCACAGUGUUCUAG